AUGGAUCGCCUUUGCGACAACAUAGUGGAGGAGAUCCUCUGCCGCCUGCCGGCCAAGUACCUCCACCGCGUCCGCGCCACCGCCCGCCGCUACAACCUAAUCAUCCUCAGCCCUGAAUUCGGCGCUCGCUACUGGGAAUCACAUGCCCCCUACCUCUCAGGCGUCUUUCUCCAAUCCAACCGCCCCUGGGGGCAGCACUCUCGCUUCCUCGCCGGCCCCAGCGAUCGCCCGUCCACAGCGACGCGGUCCGUAUUUGCUUCAGACCUCGCCUUCUUGCCUCGCUUGCCCGCUGGACCCCCGGCUAGGGACGGAGAGAUCUUCAUCAUGCACGCAGCGGCCGGCCUCCUGCUGUGUUCCAGGGGCGAAUAUAAGGCGGUGCAGUACUAUGUCUGCAACCCCGUAUCCUGGCAGUGGGUUGCUCUCCCGGAGCUGCCACGGCCUCCGACACACCUGUCUGGACUCCUGUCGGUGACAAACAACAGAGAUGGCAGCAGCAUAAAGUGCUUUCAGGUGGCCCUUUUCAACCACCCCUCGGGCUGGAAUCAGAACAACGGAUGCCUCGAUCUCAAGGUGUUCUCCUCGGCCACCGGUCGGUGGGCGGCAAAGAGCAUCCGCUCUCCGACCAUUGAUGUUGUCACACAUGCACCACCGUUCCUCGGCCAGAGCGGCACUGCAUACUGGAUCGGGUACAGUCCCAUGGACAAGCUUAUUGCGUACAACUCCCUAAACCACACUAUCCAGGUCCUCCCUCUUCCUAGCCGGGUCCGUGAUACCACUGCGCUGAACCGGUGCGUAGGCGAGCGCCAGGGCGGGGGUCUUCGCUAUGCGCAUUUCGACUUCUCGAUGUUCCAGGUGUGGGAUCUGCAGUUUGGUGGCGUAAAUGGUGUUUGGUGGAAGUUGGUGCACCAAGUUGGUGUCAUGGAGCUAGCGGAACGGAAUCCGGAAGCAACUGCCCUUGUUACUAAACCAGAAUAUGUUGAAUGGCGCGUCAAUGCAAACUCACCAGGGUCAUCGCUCUUCUCGGUGCUGGGCGUCCACCCAACUGCGGAUAUCAUCUUCUUGGAUGUUAAUGGGAACGUGGGCGCAUACUCCAUUGAACAUGGCACAAUCAGAUAUCAAUGUCCUAACCAGUACUUCCGCAGCGACGUCUUUCCCUAUGUGCAUCCUGCUCACCCCGUGGAGAUCCCAGCGAUAACGAAGGCACCACUUGAGUUGAACCGCUCCUGAAUUAAUACCCUUGAGUUCAAUGUUUACUUGCUUCUAUGCUCCCUUGAUGUGGUAUUCAUAUUUGUGAAUCUUGCCCAGGUAAUUUGCA